AAAUGCUGCCAAGUCAUUCUGGUCAUUCCCUCUCCGCAAUCUGGCCUGACGCGGAGCAGCGGUGGAUAUAUAACUUCCGUGUGCCUGGUCCGAAGACUAAGAAUAAACCCGUAGACCAUGAGCAGAGCAAGACAACAUAUGUAAAUUAAAUAAAAAGAAUGUCGGCGGCUUUUGACCCUAAAUACGUCUAAACCGGGUCUUCGAUUGCAAAAACGCAUACAAUCUGAUGUCUUGGCAUCAUGUGACUAUAAAAGCUGUAUCCACCACACCAAGACAACACCAAAACAACACCAUCGCCAACAACUCAGAGCAGAACAAAACCAUGUACUAACGAAGAGCACCACCCAAUCAUUGAAUUCUGACUUCUUCGUGGAAGACAAUAUGGCCUCCAUAACCCUCCACGCCGAAUUCCUCCCCAACAUCCGCCAAACAACACUCUAUAUCACUCUCCCCACGAACCUCGAUCCGAUCAUCUCCCUCUCCGAGUCCCGUCGCGCAGUGACAGUUUCUCUUCCAGGGCCACAUGACGAUGUAUCAGAGACGAUCAAGCUCCCCGCGCGCGUGAAUGAGGCAGCGCGGCGCGUUUUGGAGGGGCAACAUACUGGAACUGGGAAUAGUAUUCGCGAGAAGGGGGAGUCGGGAUCAGGGUCAGGGAAUGGUAAUAAGGCUGAGAGGGAGCUAUCUUUCCGGAUGCAGAUCGAUCCCGAUGAUAUGGGGGGUGGGUUACUCCGCCCUGACGAUGAAGUCACGAGCGUGGAAUACGUGCCCUGGAUGGCGGGGGACAUGGGAUCAUAUACACGGUUAGGGUGUCGAGGGUGUGAGAAUGUUGUUUUGGAUUGUGCGCCCGCACUCAAAUCUGGUGAUACUAGUAGCGGGUGGGUGUGGAAAGAUUUGCCAAGUGGAAAUUGGGCGGAGAUGAUGGAUUUCUGGCAUUGCCAUAAGCCAGACACUCAUGAUCAUGACGAUGGUGAUCAUACGGUGUCGAUUGAGGAGCGGAACUCGCAGGUUAAAGGCUAUGGAGCUGCCAACCAGGUUGUGGCGAGUUCAGGGACGGGACUUGUUGAUGUGGCGACGUUUCUGGUUGCUGAGGAGGAUUGUAGGGGAUUAAAGAUCCAAAAUGAGACCUCUAAGAAAACGAGUAUAACCUGCACACAAUGCAACGCCCUAAUAGGCUUGGAAGACCCUAUAGCCAACGGUUGGCGCCUCCUAAAAGCAGCCUUAUCUGCAUACACCCCAUCCAAGCCUGAAGAAGACACAACGGAAGAGAAACAAAACCGGCAAACACACCCCAUAGAAACAGUGGUAGCAGCACAACUCCUCGAACUCGUCGAGCGGGAAAGUGCCCGCCGCUUUGUCGUCCACGCUGGCGGGAAUGAUGGUCUUCUCCUUUGGGUCUUCAACCCCGACCUCCGCUACUCCACCACCAGCACCACACAAAGCAACACCACAACCGCUCGCCGCGGCAUGAAAAUACUCUAUCAAGAAACCUCUAAUGGCGAAGACCUACUUAGCCCCGAGAACGGGAAACCGUCAUCACUAUCACUCGAAGAGCUUGAGUUACCGAGAGAUAUCUAUAAGACUGUCUAUCAGACGCUGGGAGAGCGGAAUGCGAUGUUACCGGUUUCUGCAAGGGAGUUUCGGGAAUGGAGGGUUGGGAUAUUGGAGAGGUUUGAACGGCCUGUGCACACAACCUGAAUAUUUUUGCAUUGGUGGGGUGCUGUGUGGCAUGUUGUGUGAUGCUAUGAUAUAGUAGGAUGGGCUGGGUGAUAAUGGAGGGAAAGCUGUGGUUACGCAAGGGAAGAGGAUUGCUUUUUCGGGGAUCUGGCCACCACAACUUCGACUU